AUGAAACAUUUAGCGAUGACGCACGUGAACGCAGCGAACAAGUGGUCCGCGAGCAGGCUGAUGGCAAAACAGGCAGCGGUGAGGAAGCGGAUUCUGUUCGUGGCCAUUUCGACGAACUACUGUAGCAGCAUCUUCGAUUUGAUCGCAAAGAAGAAGGAGCAAUCGGAGAAGAGGCCUAAAAAAGGGAGUUAUUUCGAAGGAGAGAAAAAAAGGGCUUCUCUCCAAGAAGGGAAAGACGGGACAGACCCGACAGACGGGACAGACCCGACAGACGGGACAGACCCGACAGACGGGACAGACCGGACAGACGGGACAGACCGGACAGACGGGACAGACGGGACUUCUCUCCAUGAAGGUAAAAACCGUGGGGAUCAUCCCCCCCAGCGUGAUGAUGGCAUCAGAAGGAGGACAUACACCGAUGAUGCGAAGAACUCACUUGUCAGUAGGGCGGAAAAAGGGGGGGAAAAAAUUGUACAAGAGAAUACAGCCCUGACAGGGGAAGAAUCAUCCUCAAUAUUGCAUCUCCCAGUAGAGUCGAGAAACAGAACGUUAGACGAGUUCCCCAAAUCGAAGGAGUCCGACCCCAUGGCAGAAGAACAAAUUUACAACAACAAGGUAUACCUCCUCAAGUACAUAAAGCAGUUGCAACCAAAUGACGACAUCGCCAAGUAUAGGUUUGCAACAAAGUAUGUGAUGAAAAAUAUGAGUAGAUUUUACGAAAAUGAAUUGUUGUUAAUAUUGAAAAUCUUCGCCAAGAGAAAGUAUAAAAACCUACCCCUCCUGCAAUGUAGCAGUGAAUACUUCUACUGGCUGUGCCGAAUGAAUAAAGGGUCCAAGAAGAUCAUCUCACAUUACCUACAUCUGUGUAACUUACUGAAUUAUGUCCCGACGAGGAAAUACAUAGAAACGUAUCUAAGCUUGUUUAACUACUGCAAGGAGGAAGUUCGAGAGGGGGGGAGUUUCCUUUUCUUCAACCUCAUCCAAGAGGAGAUAAAUGAACGUCACAAAGAUUUGAAGCAUAUCAUUUUGGUUCUCCACUUCUUACACAAAGGGAAGAUAAAAAAUGAGAUAUACGACACGUUACUACAUAUGUGUUGUUAUUACGCUUGUCAGUUGCCCCUGAGAGAUACUUUCCUCCUGUUAAGGGUUGUCCUAAAUGAGGAAAGUCGGAGAAACAAUUUGGACUACAUAAGAGAUCUGCACCGAAAUGUAGAGAGGCAUCUCGAUUGGAUAACUCAGGGAGAGUUUGCUACUUAUGUGAACACCCUCCUUCACAAUAAUGUCCACUUGGAACCGGAUUUUUUUCUAUUCAUUAGGAAGUUCAUCGACAAGCAUGGAUCCGAAUUGUCUCCAACUGGUGUGCUGUCCAUUCUGAAACUGCUAAAGAGGCAAAAAUUUAGAGAGACAGUUAUUUUAAAUAAAGUACUAAACGUGAUUCGCAACAACUUCUACCAUUACACUUAUGCAGAUGUGGUAUAUGUCGUUAAGAUACUGACCCUUUUAAACCAUUUCGAUGAGCCUUUUUUUUGUUUCCUCUUUGAAAGGUUUUUGCCCCCUAUGGGUAUUCUCCCCAAUGCGCCUUUCAUCUCAAUCUGGGGUGACAACCCGGGGGGGGGAGCAUCCCCCACUUAUAAAGCGAUACACACAGAUGAGGGGAGACGACGUUCCCGUUGGCAGCCCUACUGGGAAGAAGAGAAACGGGCGCAUGUCGAGAGGGUGCAUCAACAGGACCCCUACCUGGUAGGCCCCGUCAAUUCUUCCGCCCCCGUACCACAAAGUGGCAAGAAGAAUAAAACGGGGGGAGGAGGAGCCAUCCACGAACUGUCCCACUUACCUCUACAUUUGUACGAAGAGAGAAUCAAAAUGAAGGUAGAAGCUUGUAACAUAAUUAGAGAGAAAGAACCGGUAGGAAGAGAGAAACAGAUGAGCCAAGUCUCCUUCGGUUUGAAGUACCUAGAAAUGUAUCUCAGCUUGUUUGUAUACCUGGGGACAUGUGGGCAUAGGGCCUCCGACAUGCUCCUCCGCUUAUCCCAGAUGAUUCGCCUGUGUCUGCUCGCAGGGGGGGCACCCCUUCCCGACCAGGGUAGCGCCGCAACCACCCCUAGCGCCGAUGCUACUCACCAGGCUAGCCGAUUUGAUAGAAGCCUGAGUAGGCGCGGCGAACCCCAAUUUGUGUGCUUCCACGACGCCAUUAAGAAAAGUAAAAAGGAGGCCAACUCUCCACUUGACCGAACAAGCGCCGUCAGACUCAGUGGAGGGACAAAUUACUUUCCCCCAAAGGAGAAGUGCCACAAGAGCAGCAGUGCUAAUGUGCGCCGCUCCAGUGAAGGGACGUCAGGUGGGUCCCAAGACACUUCUGCUAACACCCCUGUCGCCAUUCCCAUUGGGGGGACAAAAUCUUGUCUGAGAUUCCUCUACAAGCAGAGUGAAAAAAUCAAUUUUGAAAGUUUAAAAAAAAAAAAAAAAAAAAAAUCAACUCUACUUGGUGAAGACGGAAACGGGGACAAGAGGGACAUGUCCCAUUUGAAGUAUCUCAAUGUGGACAUGUUUCGGAGAGCCAAGAUGGUGCACCUUUCUGGAGAAGUGAAGUGCGAUACCCAGACGGGGGAAGGAGGUCCCUACCAGUCGACAGGACGAAUGAAAAGAGACUCCGUCGUGUCGAAGCAUUUCGGUGACGUUCAUCCAGCUGCUAUUCGUCUUCACAACCGAAGGCUUUUCCGGAGGCACUUCGACGAGCUCCACCGAAGCGAACGGUACACCGAGAAGGCCUCGCCUAAGCCACGUGUUGAGGGCAGCCCGAAGAGCGGUCGGAAGAGUGGCCAAGAUUUACGCCUCACAAGAUACAAAGAAAUAAGAAACUUGCGCAACGUGUGUUUGCGGAGGUAUGCCCAGCUAUUCAGAGGGGAGUCAAACAAGUCAUUUGACACAUUCGAUGGAGUUAAAAGGGUUCGCAAAACGGGGGAAGCCUCAGAGGAAGAUGCAACGGGUACAUACGGAUACCCAUUCGAUAUGGUUUCCAAUGGGAACGUAAUCCAUGUGGACGAUUCGCUCUUUAUCGAUUUCACUCUCUGUGACAAUAACAGGAAAGUAGCCCUGAGGAAACACAAGCACUUAGUGCGGAGGAGCAACCAGGUGACCCGGAAGGAGUACUCCAAGGGGGGUGAAACAAAGGAGGAGAAGAAGUCGCCAGAGAGCAGUCUCACUGGAGAGUUACUCAAGUGGCUGUACCGAUAUAAAAACUUCAUGAAGCUCUUCCCGAAUGGGAAGGAGACCGAUAUUCACCUCAUCGAUGGGGACAUAAAGCAGUUGGGGGAGUGUGUACAGAAGUGGUACCAGCAGAGUGGAGCCAAGACGAGAAGCAAUCCAGAGCAGCAGAGGGGAAAGGCAGAAGUCCGAAUCAGUCUUAAGGACAUUGCACUAAUUACCGACUCGUGUAGUAAUCUGUACCAUUUUGAUAAAGCCCUUAUUGAUGUGCUUCUCCUCCACGUAUCGAAAUGGUUUCGUUUCUUUUACACAGUGCAAAAUCAGGAUGAAGAAAAAAGAUUGGUCUCCCAAGAAUUGCACACAUCUCCUACCUCAAGAGAGAUCCACCUAUGUAUGUACCGGUUUACAAAAAUCUGGAGCUUCUUAACCGUGUGUCUUCAAAUCAAUCGUGUCGUGAAGAACGUCCUCUCGUUGGACCAUCGCCACGGAACAGUUACUAAGUUAGUGCAGCUGUAUAGCAGUCCGUACUUCCUACUUAACCUGAAUCGCCUCACAUAUGUGAUGAACCAGAUGGAUGCUUUGUCCAAACAGAUAGAGAAGCCCUCCUUAAUAAAGAGAUUCCUCCUACGUUACGUAGACAUUUCACUACUUACUGACAUCUUUUUCUCCUUUUGUAAGAUGUUGUUCAUUCUGGCUACCACCCGUUGUGCUGAUCUGAUGACGGAGCAGUUCGACUUGCAGCUCUUUCACCCCUUUACCUACUCAAUGCUAACCCUCCAGAGGGACUACGCCCGUCAGUGGAUUAAGCAUGCGGAUGGUUCCCCUUCCACAUCGUUGGAAGGAGUCUCUCAUCCAGGGAACAUCGAAGAUACGACGUUUUUACAGUGCAUCAAUUUUUACGUCAUGCUCAUUUGUUCCACGUAUCCCGGGUGGCGGGAAAAAAUCAGAGAUGCUUCCCCGCGCGUGGGACGAAGCAGCGACGUUACAGAUGAGGGAAGUAGUCAAAGUGAGGGAAGCUGCCAUCCAACUGGGGUUGACUUUCUCCACGAAGGGGCCCAUCGCCCUGACAUGUGCGCCAUUCUGGCCCAAUCGCUUAGGUAUAUAAAAUUGCUGAGCUGUGUGAGAGAUUUUCCCCCCGAGUAUAAUGGCAAGAGGGAAGACCCCACGCGGAUGCAUGCGGGUACGCAAAGAAGCAUGAACACACACAGGAAUGUACGCACGAAGGGACGAAGAAACAAGCAGAGGCAACUCCUCCCCGCUCUGCAGUUUUACUACCUACUCAGAAGAAUCGUUCGGAAGAGAAGUCCAAUAAAGAUAGAGGAAGAAACCUUCCACGAUAUUUUCCCCGCCUUUAUCACUAAAUGGUUGAACCAGGCGGGGAUGAAAGAAGUACCCAUCCGUGAGCUGUUCUCUGUUGAGCACCUGCAUCGUCUGCCACUGGAAGGCACCCCGCCCGCGGACACCCCCCCGUCGAGCUCUCACGUCGAUACAACGCUCUACUAUUAUUUCUUCAAUUUUUUCUUUCUUUAA